CUGUGAUCUGCCGCUGUGGCUGUUGCUAAAGGGAGGAGAAAAUCUCACGACGGAGGGUUUCUUAAAUCUUUCAUUAUCAUCUAGGACCUUUGGAGGAUUGUAACCAGAACCUGACUGUAAAACCAACGCAUAACCAGCCCGACUGUAACAGUAAUUACCACCCAGCCGUCAGAAUAGUCGAACUGAACAACAAAGGCAGCUCACGAUGAGAAGGCACAACCAACAAAUAUUUGUGCGCCAACACAAAUUCGUCUGUGCAAACUGCAGCUUCCGCAAGGCACUGUGGCUGAGCUGAACGAUGGUGAAGCCAGACAUUCACACUCUGGCCCACCACCUGAAGCAGGAGCGUCUAUAUGUGGCAUCAGAGAAGCAGCUCAUCCAGCGGUUGAACAAUGAGGUGCUAAAGACGGCAGAGAAGCUCUACCGCGCAGCCUGGAUAGCCAAACAGCAAAGGAUCAACCUCGACCGCCUUAUCCUCACCAGUGCGGAGGCCUCCCCAGCAGAAUGCUGCCAGCAUGCCAAGGUGCUGGAGGACACACAGUUUGUUGAUGGUUAUAAGACACUAGGCUUUCAGGAGAGCAUCUACGGGGAGUUCUUGGGCCGUUUGAGAGAGAAUCCGCGGUUGGUGGCCUCUUGUCUGGUGGCAGGAGAGAGACUCAAUCAUGAGCACACACAGGGAGUCAUAUACACAGUUUUCACCUCGCUCUUUGGCAACUGCAUCAUGCAAGAGGAUGAAAGCUACUUGCUGCAGGUACUACGAUAUUUGGUGGAAUUUGAGCUUAAGGAAAAUGACAACCCUCGGCGCCUUCUACGGCGAGGCACAUGUGCCUUCAGCAUUCUCUUUAAACUCUUCUCCGAAGGCCUGUUUUCAGCCAAGCUCUUCCUCACUGCCACCCUCCAUGAACCCAUUAUGCAGCUACUGGUGGAGGACGAGGACCAUCUAGAGACAGAUCCAGCCAAACUGAUUGAACGCUUCACCCCAGCCCAGCAGGAACGGCUGUUUGGGGAGAAGGGGACAGAUGAGUACCGCGGAAAGGUUCAAGCAGCAGUGGAGGCCAAUGAGGCCAAGCUGGUGACCCUGGUUAACUCCUUUAUCGGCUACCUGAAGCAGAAUACCUACUGCUUCCCACAGAGUCUGCGCUGGAUUUUGUCUCAGAUGUUUAAGACAUUGGCACGGGUGGAGAGGUUAGAGGUUGGUGAGGUGAGGACAAUGUGCACUGACCUGCUGCUCACAUGUUUCAUCUGCCCAGCCAUUGUCAACCCUGAGCAGUACGGCAUCAUCUCGGAUGCACCAAUCAAUGAGGUGGCGCGUUUCAACCUCAUGCAGGUGGGGCAGUUGUUGCAGCAGUUAGCCAUGUCUGAUGCAGAUGAUGGAGACCCUCGACGUAAAAGCAGUUUAUCAAAGUUUGAUAAGACAUGUGUUGCUGCCUUUUUGGAUGUCGUCAUUGGUGGAAGAGCUGUCGAGACUCCACCAAUGUCCUCAAUUAACUUGCUGGAGGGCCUAACACGGACUGUGGUUUACAUGACUCAUAAUCAGCUUUUGGCUCUGGUGGACUUUGUGCGUAGUGUGACGACAGGCGAUCAGCUCAGAGAAGAGGAUCACCUUGCUCUGGAAACCCUACUGGCCAAUGUACCUCAGUCCCGCACGAUGAAGAGCAACAGUUUUGAGCUCACGCCCUCUAACACGCCCCAGCUCUCCCCAGCCACCACGCCUGCCAACAAGAAGAACAAACUCCCCAUUGGACAGCAGUUGGUUGCCAUAACGUGUUGGGAGCCCUCUGCCACUGCCCUGUCCACUCAUAUACCUUUAGUAACCCCGUUUGGCUCUCGCAGCCGCAGCCGGUCCAACGUGGCCCAGGAGGGUGAGACUGAGGCCAGCUCUCAGGAGUCUCUGCAGGAGGUCUUGCCCGAGGAAGUGUUAGUCAUCUCGAUUGGAACCUUAACACAGACUGUACCUGGAAUGAUGUCAGAAAAUGAGGUCUUGACACUUCAUCUUGGAGACGGUGGACAAGGAGAAGCCCCAGUCGAUGACAACAAACUGCACGGCAAACCCGACAAAACGCUGCGCUUCUCACUCUGCAGCGACAACCUGGAGGGCAUUUCUGAGGGGCCGUCUAACCGUUCAAAUUCAGUCUCAUCUUUGGACUUGGAGGUGGAAUCUGUGUCAGAAGGAGGACCGGGGCCCUCUGGUAGUAAUGGUGCAGAGGCCUUGCAGCUACUUGAACAUGAACAAGCCACCACUCAGGAUAAUUUGGAUGAUAAACUGCGCAAGUUUGAGAUUCGGGACAUGAUGGGCCUGACGGAUGACCGGGACAUUUCUGAGACUGUCAGUGAGACAUGGAGCACAGAUGUCCUGGGCAGUGACUUUGACCCCAAUAUGGAUGAGGACAGAUUGCAGGAGAUUGCAGGGGCUGCGGCAGAGAAUGCACUGGGGAGCUUGCUUUGUCUGCCUGUUCUUCUGGACCCAUACGGUUCUACCAUUUCUGAGACGACGAGUGAGGCAUGGAGCGUAGAGGUGCUGCCCAGUGACUCAGAAGCUGCAGAUCUGAAGCAGGAGGAACGCUUGCAAGAGCUAGAGAGCUGCUCUGGUGUUGGUAGCACUUCAGACGACACAGAGGUCAGAGAGGUCAGCUCCCGACCCAGCACCCCAGGGCUCAGCGUUGUUUCAGGCAUCAGUGCCACAUCAGAGGACAUCCCCAAUAAGAUUGAGGACCUACGCUCGGAGUGCAGCUCAGACUUUGGAGGCAAAGACUCCGUGACUAGUCCAGAUGGAGAGGACUCUGCACAUGGGGCUCUCAGUCUGUCCUGCGCACCCUCUCAAACUGACUCACUGCUGGCCAUGUUCGAUCCUCUCUCCUCUGGAGAAGGCUCUUCCACUGGCACCAUUGUGCGGCCCAAGGUACACUAUCCCCGUCCCCCUCACCCUCCACCUGACCCACCCAUUCCAGAGGCCAGCAUACCAGGCCACCAGGAUUCACGCCCACCCCUCUUUGCCCCCCAUCUGACCCAGAGUGACCUGGAGCAUCCCAAGCAGAGGCACUCUUACGCUGAAAGGUUGGUGAGGAGCCGCAGCACAGAUGUGGUGUCUGCUGGCCGCAGACCCAACAGCGAUCCCGGACUGAACCGCAGGACCAUGAUGGAGGAGAGAGACCCCACCGGGGCAUUCUCCACAGGGCCUACCUCUUCUCCUAGCAAGGACUCACUCAAAGGAGAGUCUGAGGACCGGAAGGACAGUGAUGAUGAGAAGUCUGAUAGGAACAGACCCUGGUGGAAGAAGCGCUUUGUUCCUGCUAUUCCUAAAGUGCCAAUUGGAGGUCUAAGAAAGCGGGACAAGACAGAGAAAGACGAGCAAGGAGCAGAGAGGGUCCCUCAAGGUUUGUCAGAUGAGCCAUCUAUGUUCAGGCAAAGCUCCAAGACCCAGUCAGCAGAGGCAAUAAUGGACAAGUACAUCAGGUACAUGGAGAAACGGCCCGCUCCUAGUGAUGUAGUAGCUGCAGGACCCUAUGUUGGACAAGAGCCAUGCAGGGAAGGAGAGAGUGAGCAUGACUCUCCAAAAGAUGAAGCUCUGCAAAAUAUCUCUGCAGAUGACAUGCCAGACUCAGCCAGUCAGACGGCCCUGCCUCAGGACAAGACAUUCUCCUUCAGUGAUAUUAAGAAGAAAUUACGGAUGGCACUGUGCUCGGCAGAUUCAGUCGUUUUUCCAAUUAUUCCUCCUGCAACAACACGCAACGGCCUCCCAGACCAUGCAGACCCUGAAGACAACGAGAUCGUGUGCUUUCUGAAGGUGCAGCUGGCGGAGGCCAUUAACCUGCAGGAUAAGAACCAGAUGGCUCAGAUCCAGGAGACUACGCGCUGUGUCAGCCACCUCGACCCCCGCACCUGCAGAAAACUGCUCACUGCCAUGGCAGAGGACUACAGGAAGCGGGCUCCGUACAUUGCUUAUCUUACUCGUUGCCGACAAGGCCUGCAGACUUCUCAGGCUCAUCUAGAGAGACUCCUGCAGAGAGUUCUAAGAGACAAAGAAGUGGCGAACCGUUAUUUCACCACUGUCUGCGUCCGACUGCUCCUGGAACACAUGGAGUCCAAGAUGCUUGACUUCAUCAAAGCAUUUCAGGGUUGCACAGCAGCUGACGAUAAGACUGCAGCGGUGGAGGAUUUCCUGCGUUACUUGUACGGAGCUAUGGCCCACGAUGCCAUUUGGCAGUUCGCCAGCGAGGAGCAGCUUCAGGAUGCCCAGAUGGCCAUCGAACGCAGUGUCAUGAAUCGCAUCUUCAAACUGGCAUUCUAUCCCAAUCAGGAUGGGGACAUCCUCAGAGACGAGCUUUUCUUGGAGCACAUUCAACGUCUAUCCAAAGUGGUGACGGCCAAUCACAAGGCAUUGCAGAUCCCAGAGGUGUAUCUAAAGGAGGCACCAUGGCCCUCCGCACAAGCCGAGAUCAGGACGAUUAACGCCUACAAGACCCCUCGAGAUAAAGUGCAGUGUAUCCUGCGUAUGUGCUCCACUAUUAUGAACCUGCUCAGCCUAGCCAAUGAGGACUCUGUACCUGGGGCUGACGACUUUGUCCCUGUGCUCGUCUUUGUUCUAAUUAAAGCGAACCCACCCUGCCUUCUGUCCACCAUUCAGUACAUCAAUAAUUUCUACGCCAGCAGGCUGAGUGGGGAAGAGUGCUAUUGGUGGAUGCAGUUCACUGCUGCCGUGGAAUUCAUUAAAACCAUCGACGAUCGCAAGUGAAGCAGAACAGCCACCUGUAUGGGCAGACUGUAGGAAGGAGAGAGAGAAAGAGAGAGUGGACACAGAGCGGAUGACUACUCUCCCCUUCACCUAGACCGCACAUCAAGGCGUUGCCUCCGUCUGUAUAACUGUAUAUAGAGGCAGAAUCACUUAAACUUUAAAAACGAUCAAAUAUUUGAUAUGAUCAUGGCAGGUUUUACUGUGGGGUAUUAAAUGAAAAAAAUUAUAAUAAUAAUACAGCCAAGUGGAAUUGCUGAUGGCGACUUUGCCUCUACUGAUCUCUAUUAUAACCCGCAUCACUUUUUCUGUAGUACUGGGGAGGUGCUGGGACUUUGAAUAAAAUUUUAUAUAAAAUAUUAAGCAAGUAAUUAGCUCUGUUAUAAGAUACCUAUCAUAUGAAAAAGGGACCAUGAACUACCUGCAAUGAUCAUGUUUGUGUCAGGACACUCCAGAGGGGAAUCGAUGAUUCUAGCCUCCUUGUGUAAACCGUGCAAUCUUAACCCCAUACAAAGCUAACUGUCAGAGGAGUCAUAUCAAAGAACGCAUCACUAUAGAUGCUACCAAUAUAUCAAUGUUACAGUAUAUCAAAUAAUCAUGCCAUUAUUUUAAUAGGGCAGCUUGUUCUAUGAAUGUAAACAGGUGUUGUCAUUUAUUGUACAUUCUUUACUACAUUUCCCGGACAAUUUGGAAAUAAGGGCCCACAUAUUUAUAAUAAAUAAAAAAAUGUAUUUAUUACUUAACUCCUGUAUUUAAUCUUUUUGUUUUUAUAUUUACAGUCUUGUCCGAUGAAUUUGUUGGACAGAUGGCAGUUCAAUGCACAGUUUGGUUGAGAAGAAGAUCUAGUAAUACAUGUACAUCAUAAAACUCGCAGAGAGCUGCUAAAACAGGGUGUCUUCACAUUAGCCGAUUGUUUUUCGGUGUUGUAAAUUAGUGCCUUGCAGAGGUUUGCAGUAUAUAACACUGAUUCUUUUAGUUUUGGUAGAUUUUCUGCCACAUCUUGAAUUUCCUGUCUUCCUUGAGAUUGAGGAACUCUGACCAGUCAAAGCCAUGCAAAACAACAGUACUGUAGCAUAUUAAUUAGAAACAUUACCCAUUAAUUGACAUUUAGAAAAUGGAUUGCUUUUGCUGAAUUUGUGAAAAUUAUUAUUAAAAAGGAUCUUGACUGCUUGUUCUUAUAAUAUAGUCUGUUGUAUGUGAUCGUACCAAUCGAUAUGAGAUGUAUGAUGAAGACUCCAUGAGUUUCCAAACUCUUUAUCAUUAGCUGUUGUCCCAAGAAUAUAUUUGUUUUUAUUUUGCUCGUUGCUUGUGUUAAAUUCCAUGUAUUGUUUCAGAAUCCUUUACUAGUUUGAUUCAAAGCCAUGUUAUUAUUUUGCAAUGGAAACCCCAAGGACAAAUAUUAGUUAGGAUGUCUAUUCCCUUGCCUAUAACAAAAGACUCCCAAAUUUACAGUAGUGCCUCUCAUUGCUUAGUUUAGGGUAUAUUUUGUGGUUAGGUAUCAAAGAAUAUUAAACACUGUGGCAUGCUCAUCAUCAGUGCUGAGGACUGAUAGGUAGUAGUUUAGGUAGUGUGUUAUGAAUUGAUGUAGUUGAGAAAAAUACAUCUGAUUUGAUAUUCAGCGUGCUGCAGGCUACCUCGUGUCACUCCCAUAAGAGCUAGCUCAUGUCCUUCAGUCUCUUUGUGUUUAUAACUGUCUUUGCGAUUGCAUACAUCAAACCGGAGUAUAGAAUAUAAUGCUUUACUUGUUGCAGUUAAUCUAUUGAUAUCAUUUAUUAACUUCCUAUUAACCUUUGCACAUAACACUGGGGUAAAAGAACUGUACCCUUGAUAUUUUGAUACUGUAUUGUCUAAGACUUUCCCCUUUAAAUCUCUGUUUUAACGACUGAUCACAUGUGCUCAUUAAGAUGCCAUGAAAAUGUUCUACAGGAGGGCUGAAUGUUGAUUUUGGUCCUAAAAAUAGUAGAUGCACUUAGAACAAUUAGUUCUACCUCCUACCAUGCUAGUAUAGAAGGCAUGAUAAAAAUGUUGUAAUGCCUUAUUUUCCUCCUAGCUUUGUAGCCAUUAGAGCUGAGUACAUAUUUUAUUCCUGUCCAUCUGAUUUAAAUGGUGCAUGAACUCUGUAUGCUGAUCACCAGUUGUUAUGGCCUUGUAAAAUCUCUGCUCUUGCACAAACCGAACCCAAGCAUCAGCUGCAAGAAUCUGUUUAUUUCCAGUGCACUUUAAACAUUUAUAUUCUAUAUCAAUUGUUAUAACUGAUUAUCUUCAUGUUACUUAAUCCAAUAUAAACAUGUAUCAACCUUUCAACAUUUUCUGUAUAUGGAAUUGGCUAGUAUUGAUUUAUAACUUUAAUGUUACAAAUGGUUCAGGCUGAAGUGUUUUCCAACACUAUUUUGGUGCUCUGUUUAAUUGCAUUGGUUGGAUAUUUUAAAAUAGCAGCAAUUUUGCAUCUGCAUCUUCAUGAGAUUAGUUGCCAAAGGAAUCAAAGACUAUAUUUUCAAAUUUUCAUUACAUAAUUUUACUGAUAUUUUUUGGUGUAAAGUCUGUCCUAACAAAUUUAUGCAGCUUGAGGUUUGUGUAACCUGUGACAAAUAAUUUGAAGAGGAGUUAAUUCUCAUUUUAUUUACUCCUAUUUUCUCCAAUUUUUUUAUUGUGUUUUUCUCGAGAUUGAAUGGUUGGUAUUUUGCAUACAGUUUUGUGCAUUUUAAAUCGGAAGAAACAAAGUUGACAGACUUACUGAGUCGAUCUGAACCAUCGGCCAUAUUCAAACCCACAAGGCAAACCUAAUGUUUGAGGCCUCCGAUAGAACUAUUUUAUUUGAACAUAUGAUUUGAAUAAAAUUCACUACGAUUGAUUUGAAAACGGUACUGUGCAAAACCAACUUGUGUACCCCUCACCAAUGAAUCACAUAAAUGAUGCAGUGGUAUAAACAGGGUUUUGGGGGACUGAAAUUUCUAAGACCCAGACAUAACUGGCUUAAUGUUAAUGUUUGCACAGAUGUGUUGACUGGGAGCAAGGCAUUGUACUCUUUGAAUAUAUAUUGAGCUUUAUAAUCCUUGGCAUAUAAUUUUGGUCCUCUAUUUUGAGUGCAGAGCAUGCUCAUCAUGAGAAUUAUGGAUGAUGGUUUACAUUUGUGAGCUUACAUUGUCAGGCUCCUGUUGGGAAAGUAUGUUGUGUGUUAUGUGAUUUAAAAUAAAUCUGUACAUAUCUUUAAAAAUUUAUUAAAAAAGACUUUUGCCGUGAA